AUCCUGGAGGGACUGCGGGCUGAGGAGAAGGAAGAAGAAGAAGGGAGAGAAAAAGCAGAAGAAAGAAAGAGAAGAAGACGACUGAGCAGCUGCAGGAUUUCCAGUCUCAUUAAAGAUGAAUGUGUGUGUGCUGGUCCUGGGUCUGUCCCUGGUUCUGACAGUCUGUGUGGCCCGGUCUCCGUACCAGGCGGUCCUGCAGCACAGCCGGAUCAGAGGCCGGCAGCAGGGGCCGAACGUCUGUGCCAUGCAGCAGAUUAAAGGUGGAGAUAAGAAAUAUUUCACCAACUGCAAACAGUGGUACCAUCGCAAGAUCUGCGGAAAACCCACGGUGAUCACCUACGAGUGCUGUCCUGGUUAUGAGAAGAUUCCUGGAGAGAAGGGCUGUCCUGCUGCGCUGCCUCUGGUGAACAUCUACAACACUCUGGGCGCGGUCGGAGCCUCCACCACUCAGAUGUACUCUGAACGAGCCCAGCUGAAGGAGGAGAUCGAAGGUCCGGGAAGCUUCACCUUCUUCGCCCCGAGCAACGAGGCCUGGGCCUCCCUGCCGACAGAGAUCCUGGACGCUCUGGUGAGCAACGUGAACAUCGAGCUGCUGAACGCUCUUCAUUACCACAUGGUGAACCGCCGGCUGACCUCCGAGGAGCUGAAACACGGAUCCUCCUUCGCCUCCAUGUACCAGGACUUCCCCGUCCACAUUCACCACUACUCCAACGGGAUUAUAACGGUGAACUGUGCACGUCUGAUCAAACCCGACCAACACGCCACCAACGGCAUCGUGCACGUGGUCGACCGCGUCAUCACCGCUAUCUCCAACAACGUGCACACGCUCAUCGACAUCGACGACGACCUGGAGACGCUGCGUACGGCGAUGGCCGCUGCCGGUCUGACCACCAUUUUGGAGAACGAGGGUCAGUACACCAUCUUUGCUCCCACCAACGAGGCCUUCGAGAAGAUUCCUCAGGAGACCCUGAACAGGAUCCUGGGAGACCCCGUGGCUCUGAAAGACCUGCUGAACUACCACAUCCUGAAGCACAUGCAGUGCGCGGAGUCGAUCGUGUCGGGGACACCGAUGGAGACUCUGCAGGGCACCGUGCUGGAGGUCGGCUGUGACGGAGACCAGAUGACUCUGAACGGGAAGGCCAUCAUCACCAAGAAAGACCAGCUGGGAACCAACGGAGUCAUCCACUACAUCAACGAGCUGCUCAUCCCUGACUCAGCCAAAGUUCUUCUGGAGCUGGCUGAAGGUUCAUCUGUUGCCACGGCAACCAAGCUGUUUGUUGAAGCCGGUCUGACCCCCCACCUGACGGGCUCCGAGGCUCUGACCAUGCUGGCUCCUCUGGACGACGCCUUCAAAGGCAGUCUGACGAUGACAGCUGACAUGAGGAAGCUGAUGACCAAUCACAUCCUGAAGGAGCAGCUGUCCUCUAAGUCUCUGUAUCACGGUCAGGAGCUGGAGACGCUGGGAGGCCUCAAACUCAGAGUCUUCGUCUACAGAAAUAACCUGUGCAUUGAGAACGCCUGCAUCGCUGCUCACGACAAGACGGGACGCUACGCCACCAUGUUCACUGUGGACAAAGUCCUCACUCCACCGAUGGGAACAGUCAUGGACGUCCUGAAGGCAGACAGCCGCUUCAGCCUCCUGGUUGGAGCCGUCCAGACAGCAGGCAUGACGGAGCUGUUGAACCAGCAGGGGGCGCUGACCUUCUUCGCUCCCACCAACGACGCCUUCAGCGCCCUGUCACAGCCCGAACUCAACAAGCUGAUGCGUAACGGUCAGGAGCUGUCAGGUGUGCUCAGGUAUCACCUGGGGGAGGGCAUGUUGGUCAGUGGAGGAGUCGGAUCUCACACCAGAGUCAAACCUCUGCAGGGAGAGAAGCUGGAGCUCGGCGUGCGGAACUACACGGUGUACGUGAACAAGGUCCCGGUGGCCGACGCAGACCUGAUGGCGACUAACGGAGUCGUCCACGCCGUCAACAGCAUCAUCAAACCGCUGCCUCUGAAGGUGGACCGAGAACAGGCUGACGGACCUGCAGCUCCCCUCAGAUCCGCUGCCUCCCCCGGGGCCGACUCCAAGAGCUUCAGGAACGACGAUCUUUUCCAGAAGGUGGUGAGGAGUCGCUCCAGCAGAACGAUGAACCAAAGUCAGUAGAACUACAGAGGAGAAGAAACAGACGUCACCAGAACAUCUGAGGAACCAAAGAACAGAGCGUGUUCUCAACCCAAAGGGUCAAAGGUCACAAAUCUUAAAGGAAAAAUCCCCCUGAAAUCCUUAAACACUGCGCUUCGUUGUGUUUCUGGGUUCAUUUGAAUAGUUUGUCCAGAGUCUGAGAGCAGGAGGCGUCUCAGCGAUCGAAAACGUGAACAAACAGUUUCAAACAGUCGUACAGACGAGAGCAAAAGCUACAAACAGCUGCGGUUUAUUCAUUAUUUGCUUUCAAUAAGUUAAAAAGUCUUUUGUGAUUAAUGGAUGAAACAGAACAAUUUACAACAACUGGCUUUAAUAUGUGAGAAAAUAAAAACAGAAUUCUUGACUUCCAGCUAACGUCCCUCUGAUACAGCUGUAAAUAUAUAUAUACAUACAGUAUAUAUGUACAGUAUACACACAGUAUAUGCAGUAUAUAUACUGUACAUAUAUACUGUAUGUAUAUAUGCUGUGAAUAGCUGAGAGCUGCAUGUUUCACUCUCACGUAUGAACAGGUGUGUUUAAACUGUCAGCUCACAGUGAGAAGCAUGAGCACUUUGUGCCCUGGGUUUCGCCUCUCAGACUCUAUUAUGUUAUAUUAUAAAUGUCUCCUGAAAAGAUGCUUUGAGCAGCUGAACGUGAAUCAAAGACAAGACAGUAAAGCACAGUGCAGAAUUAUGACGCGACAUGCGACUUCAGAGUUUGAGCAUUAAAGAUACAAUAAGUUAGUGUUUCGGUGCGACCGACAUUAUUACUCAGCCAUCUGUCAGAUUGAUAGAAAUCGUCCCCACCAAACCUACGCCUUCUCUGAAGGUUGUUGAAAGGCAUUCUGGGAAAUGUAGGAAACCGCCAACUGAAGUAGACGAGGCCGGUUGAGAAAAAAGUUUGUCACCUAACAGUAAAAAACAACUUUGAUCACUGAUAUCUGAUCAGAUCAAUAAACGUCCAUCAGAUGAAACAGUGUGAGAGGAUCUGAGGGGGAUUUUUCUUCUUCAUCAGUCAGACGUCCGUUUGUGGAGAAGAAGAAGAUGAACAUUUGUUUGUGAAGAAGUUGUUGAAUUUUUUAUUUUUUAUUUUUACUGUUUUCUGUGUACUGUAAAAAAACCCAACAACAACUCGUUUUGACCAAAUGUGUCUCUGAAGCCCAAAGUUUGACCUUUGUGUGUAAAACUUGUGUAAAGUGUGUUGUUUGUGCGUGUACUCUGCGUGUUGUUGUCCUGCAGCAUGUCGGCAGGUUUGAGCUUGAAACAAAGAAACAGAACAAACAAAGUGACCUGAUGGAUUUCUGGAGGUUUUUCAGGAUUUUUGUCUUUGUGUUUUUUUUUGUAAAAUAAAGCUGAAAAAUAA